AUUGGUUAAGCAUUGCAAUGUACACGUAAUCUCGUCACUGGGUGUUCGAAUUCUAAAAUGUGUUUUGGAAUCCUUCCUUCCGAGAAAGAGGGAAGUGACCGAUUCGAGUUUUGGAAUCUCAGAUUGGUGUAACCGUAAGGGUUGAAAGGCCUUGGGAGAGUAGAGUAGGAUCCUCUUCUGAUUUCCGUUUCCAAUGGCGAUUCGGUGGUCAGAGCUAUGUAUCGUCUUGUUCGCACUCUCUUACGCCGUCUGCGUCAUUGCUGGGAAGAGCUAUUACGAUGUGCUGCAAGUGCCUAAAGGUGCUUCUGACGAACAGAUCAAGAGAGCUUACAGGAAACUCGCUUUGAAGUAUCAUCCCGAUAAGAAUCCGGGAAACGACGAAGCCACUCGCAAAUUCGCUGACAUCAACAACGCUUAUGAAGUGCUGUCGGAUGAGGAGAAGAGGGAGAUUUAUAACAAGUAUGGUGAAGAAGGUCUUAAACAGCAUGCUGCUAAUGGUGGGCGUGGUGGUGGAGGAGGAGGCAUGAACAUGCAGGACAUCUUUAGCCAGUUCUUUGGUGGUGGUGGUUCGAUGGAGGAAGAAGAGAAGGUUGUCAAGGGUGAUGACGUCAUUGUCGAACUUGAGGCCACUCUUGAAGAUUUGUACAUGGGAGACUCUAUGAAGGUAUGGAGGGAGAAGAAUGCUAUAAAACCAGCUCCUGGAAAGAGAAAGUGCAACUGCAGGGAUGAGGUUUAUCACAGGCAAAUUGGUCCUGGAAUGUUCCAACAGAUGACAGAGCAGGUCUGUGACAAAUGCCCAAAUGUUAAGUUCGAACGGGAAGGAUACUUUGUCACAGUUGAUAUCGAAAAAGGAAUGAAAGACGGAGAAGAAGUGUCUUUUUACGAAGAUGGUGAACCUAUUCUAGAUGGUGAACCUGGUGAUCUUAAGUUCCGAAUCAAAACUGCACCACAUGCCCGUUUCCGGAGAGAUGGCAACGAUCUACACAUGACCGUCAACAUUACACUGGUUGAGGCGCUAGUUGGUUUUGAGAAAUCAUUCAAACACUUGGAUGACCACGAAGUUGACAUCAGUUCCAAGGGAAUUACAAAGCCCAAGGAAGUGAAGAAGUUCAAAGGAGAAGGAAUGCCACUUCACUUCAGCACAAAGAAAGGCAACCUCUUUGUCACUUUCGAGGUUUUGUUCCCUUUUUCUCUCACUGAGGAUCAGAAGAAGAAGAUUAAAGAAGUCUUGGCUUGAAACUUCUCUCUCUAGAUAUUUGAAAUUUGGGGUUUAAAUUGAACUUUGAUGAUCCUUUUAUGUAACACGCCUAGGUUUUAAUAUAGAAAAAAGGGGAGAGAAAAAGGAAAGUGAGAAAAGCCACAAGGAGGUUUUGAUCAAUUUGUCUUCUUUUUUUUUUGUUUAUAUAUAUCUUAUGGUUUUGUUGAUCAAAUCAGUGCAUUUUUAUGAUUCAUCUAAACCUUGGAUUA